AUGAUGCUGUUAGUGAUUCUGAUAUCAAUUUUGUCUCUAAAAGAAUCUGAAGGCAUGGUAAACGAUCUCCAUAAGCAAAAUAUCAGCACGGAAAAUUGGACAACUUGUGACACCUUCCUCCAAAACACUACCUAUGACAAAAUAAGCGUAGUUGAUGUUGAUUGGAUCAUAUUCUACUUCUGGAGCAUGCACUUUGAGAGAAGUUACCAUAUUCGGUUCAGUAUCCCGAGCAAAGUGCUAAUAGACCGUUUUCGGGUAGAGUUGAAUGACGUGAUCGAACCUCGUGUCAACUGGACGGAGUCUGAGCUGUUUGUGGAGACUUCCAUAGACCUGAGUGGCCUCUUCAUCAGGACAGAGACCCCGGGGAAGUUCAGAUUCAUACCUUCUUUGGCUUUCAGAUAUCGCUCUGCGCCAUACCUGCUCUUCGCUCUGAAGAUGGUGGACGGUUUCCUGGGCAUGAUGAACUGCAAGCACAAGCAGGCCUACGCCUUGGCUCCUAUUAGGACCCUGAACCAACUGAAGCCACAAGACAUGGAGGCAGCAGCAAAAAAGAUGGGCUUCUGGAAUCCAUUCGGGCGUUCAUACCUCAUGAAGAGCAAGUCCUUCGAGGAUCCCGCGCCGCUCCCUCCUCUUGAAGACAUCGACGAUGCAGAAGAUGACAUCCAGAUUGAACUGGAUCGCGAGCAGAACCGGUUCCAAAUCAUAUAG